AUGGAAUACUCUUGCCUUCCCGAAUCUACAGGCAAUUUUUCUUUGAUAUUGAUAUGCCUUGGAAUACCUUUCCAUGUUCUCAUUGCAAAGAUACUAGCAAAAGAUCUUGAAUUGACUUUACCAAGACACAAGAUCCUCUUUUGCCUUUCGUUAUCAGAUGGGUUGCAGAUUUCUCUAGUGGCGCUGUUCUACCCGUUUAUAAGAGCUUUCCACUUGACAACAUCUUCUAAUACUUGCAUUGUACUACGAAAGAUUCUCCUUUUCAGCAGCGUAGUCACCGUGGUUGUUUCCAGCCUCUCUCUUGUGGCAUUGUCAAUUGAGCGGUACAUUGCUUGCGUUCACAGUUUUCGUCUGUAUGAAGUUCUGACUAACCGUAGAAUCUGCGCUGCUAUAACAAUCUUCUGGUCAUUAGGAACCGUUCUUGGCAUAUAUGCCAUUUUCAGUGACGACAUAUCAAACAAGGAAACCAUUGUAGGCGAGACAAGAUCAUUUCAAAUUAUUGCCAGUACUGUCAUUACUCUAACAACGAUAAUUAUAACGGUAGUUCAAGUGUCGCUGUUUCGGUUGAGUAGGAAGAAAAUGUCGCAAGUUUCUCCAAGCAGUGCGUUUGGGAGCGAAGCUGAGUACUCCGACUUGCGGAAAAAGCAGGUUAAAGUUGCUGUCAUUGCAGGCAUAGUGGUGCUCGCCUAUAUAGUUUGUAUGGUGCCGAUGUCCAGUGUUUUCAUUCUGGAAAAGUGUAAAGUACUUACUGUAAGCAAAUCGGUGCGUGCAAGCGUCAUCAUGUUUGGAAUGACCAACACGCUUUUUGAUCCGUUCGUUUAUGGCAUUGGCAUUCUGGAUAUAAGAAGAGCUAUCAAGAGACAUAUUAUGGGCGUUGUCGACUACUUUUACAAUUGCAAUCUGCUGUAA